GAGAAACACUUUUGUACGGUUGUUUGUGAAAGUUGUGAGUACAGAACUUGUCUGCUGACGGAAAAUUAUCCAACAAUGAAGUUUUGUAAGAAGUUUCACGGAAUAAAGAUCAAGGUAGUUUUAUUCGGCUUACCGAUCUUUUUUGCGGUGUUAAGUGGAGUUAAAUCUGAUGAUAAUGGUAAUUGCUUCUACUUUCAAAAUCUGGAAUCUGGACAAACGUAUUAUAUAUACAAUCCCAGCUAUCCUGUUAAUUAUUCACAGGGUGAAAAUCACUGUACAUGGCAAGUAACAAGUUUAGAUGUUAUUACAGUAAAUUGCACGCUUAAUAUGCCACAGAGUUAUAAUUGCAAUGCUGAUAGUCUUUCCAUCCAAUUUGCUGAAUCACGAGAGCAAAAAUAUUGUGGUUUUGGCACAUUUGAGGUCAAAGGAAAAAUAGGCGCGACUAUAACAUUCAAUUCACCAAAUACUUCAUCAGGAGGUAACUUUUUGUGCGAAAUUAAAUCUGAGAAAUCGUUCGAUGAAUACAAUUGUCCAUGUGGCUGGAAAAAACCAACGAAGAUAGUGGGCGGUAACGAAACUGGCGUAAAUGAAUAUACCAUGAUGGCUGGAUUGGUCGACAGAACUAGAAAAGACAUAUACUGUGGUGCUACUAUAAUAGAUAAACAUCACGUACUGACGGCUGCUCAUUGCGUGGAUAACAAAAAUAUUGGUGAUCUCGGUGUUGUUAUCGGUGAACACGAUGUAACUACAAAUAAAGAAACCAACGCGACCAAAGUGUAUCCCCUGAGCAACUACGUGAAACAUCCAUUCUACAAUGGAUUUUCUAAUGAUAUAGCUAUUUGUGAAAUUAUCGGUAUUAUAGAAUACAGCGCCGAAGUUGGUCCGGCCUGCCUACCGUUCCAACAUCAAUGCGAUUCCUUCGGUGGUAAUAUUGUUACAAUGUUAGGCUGGGGUUUAGAAGGAUUUGCCGACUCCAAAGCGACAACGUUACAAGAAGUAAACACAAACGUAAUAAGUCUGCAUGAAUGCUAUUCGUAUUAUAAGAAUAAACCUGACAUGACUGUGACGGAAAAAAACAUAUGUACUUACAAACCAGGAAAGGAUGCUUGUCAGAUGGACAGCGGCGGACCUAUCCUCUGGCAAAAUCCCACUACACGGAAUCUCGUACUAAUAGGUAUUAUCAGUGGUGGUAUCGGCUGUGGCGGAGAUAGUCCUUCUAUCAAUACACGUGUGGGAGCUUACGUUGAUUGGAUACAGAGAGUAACCGGUGCGGAAUAUUGCAAAGUCGAAUAAGCCUUACAAGGUUGAAGAGAAGAAUAUAUUGUUGUGUAAGAUAUACGUACACACAUAUAUAAGUUUGUAAAUAUCAACACUAUGAAAGUUUAAUUCUGUAUAUUGAAAUAUUAUUUGAUUAAACAUGCUUUGAAGAAAAAAAUUGGAACCGGUAAAGUUUUGAUUAACUUGUCACCUUUCGCGCUACUUGCAAUUUGCUUUCUGCUCUUUCCGCGCGCGCUUCUCGAAAUUUUCCUACUCAGUAGAAAAUCUACGACGAAGAGCAUAUUUUAUGAGAAGCCUUUGCUUUCUUUGGGGAAGACGUAUGAAUAAAAUUCAAUUUAAAUUCACUGGCGUCGUGCGCUGCAAUUAAAAAUCGAACGCCGUUUU